AUGACGAUGUCGACGGACUGGGUGACAAACCAAAUCCCGAAUGCUAGUGUAAGAGUCGCCAGUCUCGCGCAGUCCGACGCCGUCUCUCCGGCUGCUCCCGGAAAACGGUUUCUCAGUGCCUGUUGCACUGCAGGACUCCUCACGGUGUCAGCGAUAAACGCAGUCAUCACGAGUCCUGCGCACAACAGGCAGAGUAGCAGCGCUAAGCAUGCUAUGGCAAAAGUAAAAAUGACGGUGACGAUCAGCAUCAAAGAAAAACCGACAGCAGCCGUGAGAUUGUCGUCCUACAAUUAA